CCAAAACUCCGACCCGCUAAUAUCAUUGGCUACACGCUAGCUAAAUGGGGUGAUUAUCCUGCUUUGAUUGACAGUGAGCAGAAGCAGGUAGAUUCUGGGUGUGCUUGGCUUGUAAAGGAUGAAGAGCAGGCACAGAAUUUUGCGUGUUCUGAGACGAGGGUAUAUAAGUGUUUUCUUGUCAGAUUCGGUUUACAGAUGGCGAGGCGCCAGAAGUAGUGUCUGGGAGGAUGUUUACGUAUGCUGGGGGUCAACAGACUUUGCUGGAGCAGUAGUCUGAUCGGAAGCUGUGGGUUUUGCAGAUGCGUGGGAGGUUGAGUUAGGGUAG